ACAGGUUUGCUGGUUACAGAAGCCAACGACGGAAGCAUGGAUGCGUCCGAGCGCGCGCGUGCGGAAUCGUGAUAGACGACGAUAAAUGACGUGAAAUCGCGUUCUUUGAGCGCGUACGAGUGCGACUGAAAUGACCUUUAACCACUUUGACGUCCGAGCGCGUGCGUCCGAGAUGAUGUUCGAAAACGACGAAGGACGUGGUCUCGCGGAGCGCGUGAAGCGCGUGGUUUUCUAACCGCGUUCUAUCGGACACCCAGUGCGGCCAUGGCUGAGACAGUGACGACGACGGCAGUUAGGAUUAAGCGUAAAGCGGACGAGAAUCCUUCGGAUGCGAUUGUGCUCGCAACGAAAAGAGCAAGAACCAGCAGUGAGGACGAGUCGGGCGAGAAUUUCACAUUUCAGUACGCCGGCACCGUCGAUACCCUUGCUGAUGUCGAGGCAGCAAUUCAACAAGUAAAGGAAGCCAAGCGUCAGAGGACCAAUCCUAAGAUUCAUUCGGUAGACAUCCAGGCAAAACUGAGAGAUGAACAUCGUUCAUCCAGCAAAGAGAAUCGUCUACAGUUGCUGCUGAAACACCGUUCCAUUCUGAAAGAAGUCUGCUCGAAAGAAAUCACUGAUGAAGACUUGGAGGCUCCACGUGGGUCAGCACACAGCUUGUUCCAACUUUACGACGUGUUCGCUGAAGACAAGGAGAAAGACGAUGACACAAAAGAAAAUGUAAGUUCAUAUGGUUGCAUUGCCUCUAGUGUGCCGUGGACAUAGAUAGCUUAAAGGGAC